CUCGAGCUGGGGAUGGAGUCGUAAAUGAAAAUGCCGUGGAGCGGAGUGGCGGGAUUGUCAAUUUAUUCAGUUAUUUGAGCGCUGUGCAUACCGAGAGAUGAGUAAAUCAAAAGACGCUGUGGCCAACAGUCUUAUUCUGAAGUAUAUGAAUGACCAAAACCGGCCGUACAGCACCCAAGAUGUAUUCAGUAACCUGCAGAGGGAACAUGGGCUUGGCAAAACUGCUGUUGUUAAAGCAAUGGAGCUACUUGCCCAGCAAGGACAAAUCAAGGAGAAGGUUUAUGGCAAGCAGAAAAUCUACUUUGCUGAUCAGGACCAGUUCCCAAAUGUGAGUGAAGCAGAGCUCAAGAGUCUGGAUGACCAGAUCUCAGAAGUGUCUAGUAAAGUGCAGAGUGACCAGCAGGGGUGCCGUCAGCUGGAGACAGAGCUGAAAGAUCUUAACAGCUCCAUGACCACUGAGGAGAUGGUGAAAGAAAUCAAAGAAUUAAAGCAGGAAUGUAGUAGGCAUCAGGAAAAGCUGCAGAAGAUUAAAUCUGCAACUAAUCAUGUCACCCCUGAGGAAAAAGAGAAGGUGUAUAGCGAACGGAAGCAAUACAGUAAAGAAUGGAGAAAGAGGAAACGCAUGGCUACAGAUAUUUUCGAUGCCAUCCUUGAAGGAUACCCCAAAAGCAAGAAACAAUUCUUUGAAGAAGUUGGGAUUGAAACAGAUGAAGAUCACAAUGUAACUGUACCUGAUAUCUGAUCAUCGGCAUAGAACCAGAGACAAAGCUUUAAUUUGUAUAUAAGGGACACUGUGGGAGUAUUGUAUGAGCUUUCAGAGUUUAAGUAUUUGGGGAAUAAGAGCUGGCAUAUGGCAGGGAACAGUAUAUACACUUCUGCUGAAUCAAGCUGCAUAAAAUGUUAGAACAAGAUGAUAUAGCAGGGUUACAUAUAAAAUCUGGUUGGCUGAUCUGCUAAUGCAUAUUAUAUUUUAUGCAACAAAGUAUUUACACCUAUGGAGUCUGUAAUAGCAUGUUCUGGAUCAGUUAUGAACCUGGAAAUAAUCUAGUACAUCUGCCUCAUAGUCACUGUUUCCUGUGAUUAAUAUAUAUAUUUUUUUUUUGGGUGAAUGAGGAAGCAGAACAUUAGAUGGAGAAGCAAUGAAAUUUACUGUAAAGCAGUUCUGGUAUUUGCUGUAUAAUUGCAACAUCAACUAUUUGACUUCUGUUAUGUCUCCCACAGCUUUAGCACACCCUCCAAAGAUCCUAUUGCUCUUAGGGCCGUUUCACACUUGCGUGUGGCUUUCCAGUUUUGAAGUCUGGCAGAGGAUCUCAAAACUGGAAUUAAACGGAUCCGUGAAAUUUAAUAUAUCGGGAUGCAUCCGUUUCAGCUGGAUUUUCGGUUGUAUUAAAUCUAAACGGAACCAGAUCCGGUAUGAAAAUCAUUGUAAGUCCAUGGGUGCCAGAUCGUGUUUUUUAUUUUUAUUUUUUUGUUAAAACGGAUCUGGCACCAUUGACUUUCAUGCCGAAUCCGGUUUGUUUUGUUUUACAGACCGGACACAAAACCACAGCUUGCAGUGGUUUUGUGUCCUGUCAAAAAAACACAACAAAAUAGAACAGAUGCAUCCUGAUUAGUUUUUUCCCCAUUGACAAUGAAUGGGGACAAAACUGAUCCAAUUUGGCUCGGUUUUGAGAUCUUCUGCCAGAUCUCAAAACCAGAAAGCCACAACACAAGUGUGAAACAGACCUUCGAUUAAGGCCUCCUGCACACGAACACUUGUGCACUCCAUGGUCGUGCUGCGGGGGCGCAAUGCGCGAACACCGUCCGUGGGGCAGCGGAUCGCGGACCCAUUCACUUUAAUGACAUGUCCUAUCUUUUUGCGGCAUGGAAAUACGGGACGGGACCCCACAGAAGCACUCCGUAGUGCUUCCGUU